CCCUGUCUCCGAACGAACGCCUCAUUGCAAGUGCAUCAAAUGAUAAAAACAGCGCGUCUAUGGAAUCUUGACACCAACCUCCAAGUCGGACCACCCCUCCAGCACAAAGAAGAUCUGCGCUCCGCAGCCCUUUCCGGUGAUGGAAAGCUGCUAGUCACUGGUUGCCAAAAUGAAAACGCGUACACAUGGGACAUUCACGCCAUCCUCAAAGAAGCUGGGCUUGAAGACCUCCUCCAUUCUUUAUCUGAUGUUGCAGCUCAAGAGUCAUUAAUGGAUGCGGAUGCUACGCAGGCCGAGGAUGAUGAACUUUCGCCAGGUUUUUUCAAUGGCAUAACAGAUGGUGCUUAUUCCUCCGGAAUGUACGGUAACCAUCAUCAUUCCUCUGCCCGCCGUCCCCACCCUCUCGCGCCUUCUUUGGGGAGUGCGAGUGCGCUCUUUGGUCGCCUUCGGUCGCCUUUCCGCCGCUCCCACCGCGAUACUGACGAUGCAACCGAACUCGUGCAACACCCCAGGCGGUCUAUCUUCUCUCGCGGUCCUCCUAUCGUCAAAGUUGCUGCAGUAAGGGAUAGAGAGGUUAUAUUUACUGCUCCGCCGCCGCCACGAACAACACAGCAGCAAACCCAAUCACACGGCCAGGGGUCGUCCGCAACACCGCCUGCUCCAGGUACUAAUUCUACUACACCAUGUCCAAGAUAUCCGCAUUCACUACCCGUCCGGUUCUUGGCUCAUCUCGUGCUUUUUCUCUGCUGCGCAUCUCAACACGCCGAUGCCAACACACAACCAACACAGCAGCAGCAAGGCCAUCCGCAAGGUUAAUCCUAGGCCCAAGUGUCAUCAUUGCGGACUCAGCUUGACGCCCCCUCGGCGUCCGCGACACCUCCUGCCCCUGCUCCUGCUCCUGUGCAGCGGUGGUGCAGUCAUGACCUCUUCCACUGCGAGCUCACUUCGAGCUGUUUCAUUGUUGUACAUCUCCCCCACACGCCGAUGGUCAUUAAUGCAGGUACACGACUAUUUCAGCUUUGCUUCUAGUUUUUCUGUACUCUUAUCUCUUCUUCAUAU